CGCGGCGGUGCUGGUGGCCUGCAUGCGACAGAAGACCGAGUGACAAGUCUCAUCGCCCAGGCGCGGAUCCCGCGGAGAACGGCCGGGAGUCUCUUUCCAGAAACAGCAAUGCUUUUCUCAUAAACAAUUUUGAAUCAAGAUGGCGCACGGCGCGAGCAGAUAUAAGAAGGCUAGGGCGAAGAUGAGGUGGAAGAGUCGUCGUGGCCAUGGCCCGCGUCAAAUCGCCGUGGAAGAAGAAGAGGACGAGGAGAUUGCAGAGAAAGAGAAGAAAGAUGAGACAAAGGUCCCGAUAAAUGAUGUCCACGCUGGGUGCACGGAUCGCUCUUGUGCUCACUUGUGGUAUCAGUGUUGCACCAGUUGUUUGUCAGAAGCGUGUCGCUUUCUUGGCAUUCAGAUCUGUUUUGGAGGGUGUGUGCACACGUGUGUAGCAUGUCCAGUUUUCUGUUCACACAAUUUUGAUGUGAAGUGCCCUGCACAUGUUUAAAACUCGAUAGCCUUCCAUCAAAAGUCGUCAAAGCUGAGGACUGAAACAUUUCGGUUGUCUUCGACCCAAAACCCUAUGAACAAACGGGGAUUGCCACAACGGCCCCUGCACGCGUCUGAAUCACCUAGAGAAA